CGGUUGUGGUAAAGUGUGAGUGAGAGGGGAGUUACGUUCGUACAAUAGAUCGCAGUUGUUUGAUAAUUUCCCAUAUAAAAAGCCGCAUAUUUUAGUUCUCAAGACAAAAUGCCAAGGGAACGUGUGAGAAAAACGACGAGAGGACCAAGCGACAUGUCCCUCUUUCAUCGUGCUUAUGAUCAGGUAAAAGAUGGCAAAUCAUUGAGAAAAGCUGCAGAGAUGAAUGGAAUUAAUUACGUUUCACUUUUAAGAUAUGUACGUAAACGCGAUAGCGUAGAAAAUGAAGAUGAGAAAAAAAAUGUUAGCAUGGGCUAUGUUGCACACAAUAAAGUUUUUAAUAAAAAUCAAGAACUUGAAUUUUCAAAUUAUUUGUUUCGUUAUGCCGAUAUAUUUUCUGGUCUAUCUAUGAAACAAAUAAGAAAAUUAGCUUACGAAUUUACUGUUAAGUAUAAUUUAACACGACCUUCAACUUGGAGUGUAAAAAAGACAGCAGGCGAAGAAUGGUUAAGAUCAUUUUUAAAAAGAAACACUGAAUUGUCAGCCCGUGUAGCAGAAACUGUAAGCCUCAAUAAUAAUAAUAAGAACAACGAGAAUACUUUUUAUGAGAAUGCAAGAAUUAUUAUUGAUCAAAAUAAUUUUGAAGCACAAAAUAUAUAUAAUGUCAAUAAAACGUGUAUUAAAAAAUCUGAGAUGGAGGCAACAAAAUUCGCUGCAGAAAAAAAUGGAAAACUCAAUUCUGAUGAAGGAGAUACUGUUGUUAUUGCUGUAAAUACCUUGGGAAAUUUUAUGCCUCCAUUGUUUAUAAUUCCUCGGAUUAAUAAUGAAGAUCAGUUCAAUGAAUCAAUUGAUUUAACUAAAAAUGUCAAAAAUUCCGGUUGGAUACAGGAUGAAAAAUUUCUUCUCUUUCUUGAACACAUUAAAAAACAUGCAAAUGUAUCUCCUAUGAAUAAAAUAUUACUUUUAUUAGAUAAUCAUUUUUCACAUGUUAGCAUUAGGGCAAUGGAUUUUUGUAAAGAAAAUGGUAUCGUAUUACUUUCUUCACCAACUUAUUGUUUUGAUUUUGAGCGUAUGAAAAGUUAAUAAAUAAUAUAAGCUUA